GCUCAGUCGACCUCAAAUUACCAGUCAGUUCCACCAGGAGAGCUACAGCAAGGUUAUUCUUUCCAGCUUGUAUCUAUGUCAAGCGCAGAUCUGCAUGGGUUCACAACGCAUAAACCCAAAUGGAUGUCACAACUGCCGGCGAAAAAGAUUCCGCUGUGACGGAUCAGUUCCCUCUUGUCGCAAGUGCAUAUCAUUGGGCAAGGAAUGUCUUGGAUAUGGCACACUUUGGAGAUGGACGGAUUCCGUAGCAAGCCGUGGCAAAUUGGCCGGCAAAAAGCUGCCUUGCAACAACGACAACCCAGACCAUCCAUCAUCAAGCCAGACAGACGCAGAUGCAAGCAGGCUGACUAUAAACACUGCCAAUCAACGCAUAAUCAGCAAUCAUGGUCUAGAUCUGGAUCUUGAUGAUAGUAUACAACUUUACGGCAACUUGACUGACCCUUUGUUCAGCGACAUGAGCUCAAGCGAUCGUUAUUAUUUAUCGUAUUUUGCGGAUGGUCUUUGUCCUCAGCUUGUGGCAAUAGACCUACCGGGCCACAAUCCGUUCCCAAGGUUAUUACCCAUGGGAUUCUGCAGCCCCGUCCUGCAAUACACGAUGAUCACUGCCGCAGCUCUACAUAUGUCCAAUGUUCUAAGACCAGACACCGAAAAGAGGCCGGUGACACUAAACCACGUCAAUAACAACUGGGAACCAUCUCGACAGGCUAUGCUUGAUGCAUUGGCGGCUAAACAAAAGGCGCUUUUCCUUCUACGCAUGGCUUUCCAGGACCUGGACACCCAUGGACGCGACAUGGUAUUGACAGCUGCUAUGCUUCUUGUAACCGCCGAUAUGAUCGAUUCAGGGAAACAUGGCUCCAAGGCGCAUCUCGAUGGAAUCGGCUGGCUGCUAAGUUAUGCCCAGCCGGCUACGAGCGUGGGUGAGAUGCUCAAGGACUUUGUUAUCUCGGAUUGCUACAUCUUUUAUAUAUUUGCAUUGACCUUCAUGGACCAGAUUCCGCAGUCCUCUCUGGCGCUUAACACAACAAUCGCAUCAUCUGCAAUCCAUUAUGCCGCCCGGAACAGCUUUAUCUGCUGUCCUGCUGAAGUUUUGCAGAUUCUGUGGUCUACUGCAAUGAUCUUGCAAAAGCAGACAGCCAAUCAUGAUGAUAUAGAGGGCGCGGCCGCGAAAGGGUAUGAACUAUUCAUGCAAGCCAUGGCGUUCAACGUCGAAACGUGGUCUCGGGAUAUCCAGCAAGUCCCUCUUGGUCGUCAGGUCACAGAUAUCCCAAGCCGGAUACACACAGGAUAUACACAUCGGAUGGCAUGCUGUCUGUACAUCAUGUACGCCAUCCCUUCUGUGAGGAGCUUUCUGCCAGAAAAUACCGAGCAGGAUCUCGAGCACGGGCUCAUCUUCCAUCUCCAUCAUAUCACUGAUGAGGAUCCCAACUUCAAGACGUCAUUUUGGCCAACCUUUAUUGCUGGAGCUCAAACGAGUGAUCACGGUCAGCAAGCGUGGAUAAUGGAUAGGAUGAGAAGACAGUCACGUCUGUUUCCGUGGGGUUUCCUGUAUACCGCAAUGGAAACACUUGAGCUUAUCUGGAGAGAACGGGCCAAAGCUCCCAACGGGCUGAACUGGCUGGAGAUUCUGAGAAGUCCUGAAGUAAGCUUUCUGAUUGUGUAGGGAGACAUACAUCAGGCUCUCACCUUGGCCAAGAUAAGGUCUCUUGGACGUCAGUAAAAGAUUCACUUCAGUGCUGAUAGCUGUUCUUCACAAGCUUCAAUAUUGUUGAUGCAUUGCUACGAGAGACAGGUAAUCCAGGUUUUAUUUAAACUGAUAAGAUACCAUAAAGACACAUA